AAUUAUUCAACCCCAUUAAUCCCUAUUGCCAUCCUGAUCCCGCGUUUUAGGAUAAUUCACAGAAUCCAGAGAAUAGUUUUUCAGACAGAUAAAGCAAAAAUGGGAACAAUAACAGGGCCAUGGAAGCAGUUGCUCCUCAACGCCUUGGAUUCCAAUUCCGCCCUCAAGCACUCUUCUUUCUUCCAGCUUGCAACAAUCGGAUCUAAUGGAAGACCCUCCAAUCGCACUGUCGUUUUCAGAGGGUUUGAAGAGAACAGUGACAAGAUGCGAAUCAACACUGAUUGCCGAACUCACAAGAUUGAUGAUCUCAAGCAUUGCCCAUUUGCUGAGAUAUGUUGGUAUUUUACUGAUUCAUGGGAGCAAUUCCGGAUUAAUGGAAGAAUUGAUGUGGUUGAUGGGUUAUGUCUUGACCCCCUCAAGCUUCAGCAAAGAGAGAAAGCUUGGUUUGCUAGUUCUGUAAAAUCAAGACUGCAGUACUUGGGGCCCAAUCCCGGGCUUCCCUCUCUUGGUGAACAAUCGUCCUCAGAGUCCUCUCUAGAUCCUUCUGCUGGCCCAGUUGAUGCGUUUUGUUUGCUCGUACUAGAUCCUGACCAGGUUGAUUACUUGAAUUUGAAGAUUAAUGAGAGGCUAACCUUUUCAUCCAGACAGAACAUCAAUGGUGAGAAGUUUUGGAGCUCGGAAAGAAUUAACCCGUAAUUUCUUUCUUAUAAUAUUAAGAUUCUAAGAUUGCAAUUACAUGCCAUUGUAUUCACUAAAUUUAGAUGAUUUGAUUGUCAUGAAAUCUAUAAUGUUUUCCACAAUUAAGAAAAAAAACCAUUUUCUUGAAUAGAAGAGGAAUGUAUUUGUGCAUGCUUGACUCUGCUACGAGUCAUUACUUUACUCUAAUCAUAUAUUUGGUUUUGUUUUCAUUUUUUAUUUUCAUUUUUUGGAAAACAAAUAAAUCUUGUUUAGCGAAUUGUUUGGACAAAAUUUUCUGAAAGCAACGCCUUUUAAGAAAACAUAAGGAAAAAAAAAAUGUUGUUUUUUAUGCCAAAAAAAAUGAAAACAUUAAGAAAUCUAUUGGCAUUUUUGAGUUUUUCAUUGUUUUUAUUUCCGAAAACAUGAAAAACAAAAACACAGCGAAAUAUUUGGAGGUCAAAAUAUAUGAUUGUUUAGAAUGUUAUUAUUGUACCAAAAGUAGUAAUUACCUCUGUAAGACCUUUGAGGUAAUGCAUAGGGAAUGUAUGUGAGCCUCCCAUGCAAAGCAUCUUGCCCAUAUGAGUAUUUCAACAAAUGUCCAGAUGAAACUAGAAAGUUGGAGGAAAGCCAAUUGGAGAACUCCAAAAAACAAACUUGUAUAUACACACACAUACACACACACACAUAUAUAUAUAUAUAUACAUUUGAAGUGAGGAAACUUGUAUAGUUCCCACCUAAAUUUGUGAAAUACUCAUUUGAGUAGGGCUGAGCAAGAAAUCUGUAUAAUCUGUAAUCCGAUCCGGUCCAGUCCAAUCCGGUAGGAUUAGAUUGGUUUUUUGAAUCCGUGGUUCGGUUCUGAAUUAGAAAUUUAAAAAUCCUCAGGUCACGAAUCGGUUCUAAAUUGAACCUCAUGGUUAUGGAUUGGAACCUAUCCGAACCGUAUACAUUUAGUCUAUAUUUAUACCAUAUACCUUCCCACAUAAUAUCAUUUCUUGUUUCAUAUAGAAGCUAAACACCAACCUGAUUCACCUCACACGCCACUCAGCUCACUUACUCACUACUGCCUCUCACACUCUCAUCUCUCUCUCUCGAUACUCUUUCUCUUUUCUUUUUCUCAGACACUUUCCGAUCAUCCAUCUUAGAUCUUCAACCUCACACGCCGCUCACUUACUACCUCUCAUACUCUCAUCUAUCUUUCUUGGUACUCUUUCUCUCUCUCUCUCUUCUCUUUCUCAAACACUCUCAGAUCCUCUAUCUUUGAUCAUCAUCCAUCUCAGAUCUGUAGUUGUAGCUCUCUCUAUUUUGGUGAGUUCCUCUCGCCUCUCUCUCUCUCUCUAUAUAUAUAUAUUAUAUUUUGUUUUUGUGAGAAUCAUGUUUUGUUUGCUGAUUUUUCCAACUCCAAAUUUGUCACAUUUGAUGUCCUGGAUGAAAUGUUUGAUGUCUUUGAUGAUCUGUUUGGUGAUUUUUCCUUGUGCUUUUAUGUUUUUGAUGAUGAAUAACAUUUUUUAUCUGUUUGAUUGCUCUGUUUUUUAAGCCAUAUUAUUAUUUGAUAACUUUUAUAUUUUAUUUUUGUAUGAAUCAUGUUCUAUUUGCUGAUCUUUCGAGCCCCAGAUUUGUCAUAUUUGAUGAAUGUUCUGUUCUAUUUUGUUUUUAAGCCAUAUUAUUAUUUUGUCACAUUUGUUGAAUGUUCUGUUCUAUUUUAUCACAUUUAAUGCAAUCCAAUACUUUGCUUUGUGUAAUGUAUAUCUAGUUUUAGGAGAACUUUGCUAUGGUUAUGUUUUUUAGAAAUUAAAAUGUUCUAUAUUUUUUUAUUAUUUAAAUAUAUAAAUUUGUGAUCCUAAACUGAUUCAAUUCGUGUUUAAAUGGAUUGGUUCAGAUUGGUUUCACGAUUUAGACGAAUUGGAUUGGUUCUAAUUUUUCAGGAACCGUAGAUAAUGGAUUAGUCUUGAUUUUAUCUCAAUCCGGACCAUGCUCACCCCUUACAUUUGAGCGAGAGGCCUUAGUAAGGGAGGGAUUGAAGCUUUUUUUUCAUUUAGGUUAGGGUAAAGUAAGAAAAGAGUGAAUUGUAUAUAUAUGAAAAAUAUUAGGUAUUCUAAAUGUUUUAUCAAAUGUCUCAUAUAGAUGUAUAAUUCAGACCAUGUGAAUCCCAUAUAGAUUCCACACUUGAAAUGUUUGAUGAAAUAUUUGAAAUUCCUUA